AUGCGUCAUCCCAGUCCAGAGCAGCUCGCAUCAAUGCAGGCAAAUGUUGGCGAUGAUGCGAGGCCGUGGUUCAUCGGCGUCAAUGUAAUGUGUCUGGCGUUGGGAAUAUUCGCAGUGGCAUUAAGGGUUGCAAGUCGAAUGAGGUUGGGAACCAAGCUCGGGCUGGACGAUUACCUGGUUGGAUUUGCUCUGAUAUUCCUAGGCGGACAUAUUGGUAGCUGUCUAGCUGCCGUCAAGUAUGGUAUGGGCAGACAUGCAAUUCUCAUCUCGGACAGGAGAAAAUUUGCCAUUUCUCUAUUGACCGGUCAAAUAUUUUAUACCCUUGGUAUGGGAGCAGUCAAACUCUCAAUCCUGGCUCUCUAUGGUCGCAUAUUCCAGAGAACUGCCGGGUGGUUCAGCGCAGUCCUUGGGGCUACCGCUCUAUUUGUGUUGCUUUACACUAUACCUCAGACAUUUGUCUACGGACUUCAAUGCGUACCUCUUGAUAGUCUGUGGUUGGACUACCCAGUACCAUUUAUGAGGGUCUACUGUCUCAAUUUCCAGGCCGCUCUGAUCGCUUUUGGAAUAAUCAACAUUGCAACAGAUUGGUUCCUCCUCGUGUUGCCCGUACCUUUCAUUCUCGGGUUGAAGCUUGAGCGUCGCACUAAAUGGACACUGUGCUGGAUGUUCUUCCUAGGUGCAUUCGUUUGCGUAGUCAGCGUUGUUCGUCUAUUCUACAUCAAGGAAGUUGUAUCAGCAGAUGUUAGCUGGGACAACGUGCCACUCUCAGUUAUAUCUUCUUUGGAGAUCUCCUCGGGUAUUCUCGCAGCCUGUGUGCCAACGUGGCGUCCUCUCUUCCGCUUCCUCCGCUCGGGCAUCACUAACAUGAUCACCAACAAACCUGAUGAGGAGAGCCCAGUCAGGCGAACUAACAUCACGCCACUCCCCGCUCAUAGCGCUCACAUUCGUCACAGUCAAUGGAGAGAGCGCGGGGAAUCGAUGGACUCAGCUGAGAGAACGACCGCCCCAAGUCUCUCCUUGAAAUCCGACUAUCGAAGCACCAAAAGCCUAGGAAGCAGCCUAUCAAGUGUGAAGACACUCGCCGCCAACCUUGUGAUAAGACGAAAUGAAUCCAGCAUGUCCAGCCACUCAAUGGAAAAGAUGCUCAAAUCCUCUCCAACUCUCAGCGACAUCCCCCGUACCAGUCUCGACAUCGAACUAGACCUCAAGUCUUCCCCACGAUCAACAUCCACCACAACCCUGGGCGAUCUCGACUCCUCGCCCCCAUCACCACCACCACCCCAAGCCUUGGUGCGGCCAAACAACCGUUGUCCACACACAGCGCCCAGAUCUCAACAGAAAUCGCGCACUGCACCUCCCCUCAGCUACCACAAUCGCCACAUCCAGAACUCGAGCGUCUUUGACGCAAUCAACGCCCCAGAUGUGCACCCUCCCCCGAUCCCCCGCUCAGAAUCCCACAAACGCGGGUGUUCUCGCUCCCGCUCGCGCUCCCGGUCAAGGAGCAUGAGCAGGAGUAGGAAGUCGAGCUUGGAUGAUAAGCGUCCGGGCAUCAUGCGCGUCGUGAGCUCGGACAACUUCGGGAACAGGGUGGUGAGCGUGGGUAGGGGGGAGGAUCUCGGCGUCAUAGCGGGAGGGAACGGCGGUGGGAGGGUCAGUGAGGAUGGGGAUCCAAGGCUCAUUCGCGGAUUGGGGUUGUGGAUGGGUGGGGAUGGCAUCAUGGUGACAAAGACUGUGAGUCGUCUCAGUGGGUGCGAAGACCCCGAUGGCCAAGCGGCUGGUGCUGAGAGUGAGAGAGAGGAGAUCUGGAGUGAUAGAUCCUCAAGCUCUGGACGGCAGGUAACAUAG